CGGGGCCCGGAGCGGCAGUCAGGUUAGGCUGCGCCGAGCCGUUUGUGAAUGGGCAUGCUCCGAGCUGCGGCCUCCGUCACGUGACCGGGUUUUUUAAUGUUUACAUUCGAGGCGGUUCAGGGGUUUUCUUGUCGCCUGGCGGGGCCCGUUUCGGUUUCAUUUCCCGCGAGGAGGAGGUGGUGGAGGCGAGGAGCAGGACAAGGAGGAGGAGUGGCGGGCAGCUGGGCCUCAUGCUGGGCUCCUACCCGUGACAAGGGAGACAGAGGCCCGGGCGGGGGGGGCAGUCCGAUCCACCGCCUGAGAGCGAGGCAGCAUCGCGCCCAGCGACAUGGAGGAGCUGGUGGUGGAGGUGCGGGGCUCCAACGGGGCUUUCUACAAGGCAUUUGUUAAAGAUGUACAUGAGGAUUCCAUAACCGUUGCCUUCGAAAAUAAUUGGCAGCCAGAGAGACAGAUCCCAUUCCAUGAUGUAAGGUUCCCGCCUCCUCCUAGUUCUAAUAAGGACAUCAAUGAAAGCGAUGAGGUAGAGUUUUUGAGGGUGAAAGGCGAAGAUGAUUUCAUGGUCUAUUCCAGGGCGAAUGAGAAGGAGCCAUGCUGCUGGUGGCUUGCUAAAGUUAGAAUGAUAAAGGGUGAGUUUUAUGUUAUAGAAUAUGCAGCUUGUGACGCUACAUACAAUGAAAUUGUCACCAUUGAACGGCUACGAGCUGUGAAUCCCAACAAGCCUGCAACAAAAAACACUUUCCACAAAGUCAAGUUGGAAGUGCCUGAAGACUUGCGACAAAUGUGUGCGAAAGAAUCUGCACAUAAAGAUUUCAAAAAGGCAGUGGGAGCAUUUUCAGUAAGCUACGAUUCAGAGAACUGCCAGCUUGUUAUUCUGUCCGUCAAUGAAGUUACCAUUAAAAGGGCAAACAUGCUGAGUGACAUGCAUUUCCGAAGUCUUCGUACUAAAUUGUCCCUGAUGUUGAGAAAUGAAGAAGCCAGCAAACAACUUGAAAGUUCAAGGCAGUUAGCAUCUCGAUUUCAUGAACAAUUUGUUGUACGGGAAGAUCUUAUGGGUCUUGCGAUUGGUACUCAUGGAGCCAAUAUUCAGCAAGCUAGAAAGGUUCCUGGUGUAACUGCAAUCGAUUUGGAUGAGGAUACGUGUACAUUUCAUAUUUAUGGAGAGGACCAAGAUGCUGUAAAGAAAGCCAGGACCUACCUUGAAUUUGCAGAGGAUGUGAUACAAGUUCCUCGAAAUUUAGUAGGUAAAGUGAUUGGAAAAAAUGGAAAACUCAUUCAAGAAAUUGUUGACAAAUCAGGAGUGGUUCGAGUGAGGAUCGAAGCUGAAAAUGACAAGAAUAUUUCCCAAGAAGAGGGAAUGGUUCCAUUUGUUUUCGUGGGCACAAAAGACAGCAUUACCAAUGCUACUGUUCUAUUGGAUUAUCAUCUAAACUAUUUAAAGGAAGUGGACCAACUCCGCCUUGAAAGGUUGCAGAUUGACGAACAACUUCGUCAAAUUGGAGCCAGCUCUAGGCCUCCCCCCAGUCGCCCAGACAAGGAGAAGGGAUAUAUGAGUGAAGAUUGUAGUGGCAUGGGUCGGGGAAGUCGUCCUUACAACAGUCGAGGACGCAGCAGGCGGGGCACAGGCUAUGCCUCAGGUACGAAUUCAGAGGCUUCUAACGCGUCAGAGACCGAAUCAGACCACCGAGAUGAACUAAGCGAUUGGUCCUUGGCUCCAGCUGAAGAUGAUCGUGAUAACUAUCUACGAAGAGGAGAUACACGUAGACGUGGUGGAGCACGGGGUCAAGGGUUAAGAGGACGUGGAGGCUUCAAGGUAAAUGAUGACCAAUCACGAGCUGACAACAGACAGCGCAAUUCAAGAGAGACUAAAGCGAGGACAUCCGAUAGCUCUCUACAGAUCCGGAUUGACUGCAAUAACGAGAGAAGUGUACAUACUAAAACUCUGCAGAAUGCAUCUAUUGAGGGCAACCGCUUGCGCUCUGGCAAAGAUCGCAUUCUAAAGAAGGAGAAACCAGAGGUGGUGGAUGGCCAACAAUUGGUGGUUAAUGGUGUCCCAUAACCGUACAUGUCUAAAGUCAUCACAAUCUGAAUAAAAUAAACGUAAUUUGCAUUAGAGAAACCUGUUAGGCCAAAGACAAAUGGGCAAGACGAUGCAGGGCAUAAAACAGAGCCACUGUUAGCCUUCUUUCGUUUGCAUUGGCUGUUAACAGUUUUCAAAUGUCAGACAUUGGGAACAUAUUCAAACCUUCUGAGGCUUUCAAGUUCAUAUUGCACUUGACUUAAAAAAUAUUUUUUGUUUAAAAGAGAAAAUAAAUGGGAAAAAUACUAA